UUGUGUUUUAUAAUUAAUAUAUCGAUUUAUAUUUAGAGAAGGUUUAAUUAAAAGAUAUAUUGAAUUUUUAAUACGAAUUCCUGUUUGCAAUAAUUAGCUUCGUUUAUUCGUGAUAUCGUACAGUAUUAUUGAUAUUCAAGAGAAGAAUGUCUUCUCAAGAUGGUGCUGACAUAUUUCGGGACUCUUGGGUACGAUAUCUCGGGUACUCCAACGAGGUGGGGGAGUCGUUCCGGCCCGUACUCCCCGUGUCGGUGGUGCGAGCCAGCUAUGGAGUUGCCUUCGCGUACGUGCUCACCGACACAGUUGACAAGGGCUGGAAAAUGGUGCAGAAAGAUGGCCGUCCAAAACAGGUGCUUUUAGAAACUGGGGAUGCGUUCAUUUGGCAGACAUUGGCAUCGAUUAUCAUACCUGGACUUACAAUAAAUAGGUUAUGUGCCUUUUCCCAAAGAACAUUGAGCCGGUACCACAAAAUUCCACUAGCAGCGAGGAAUAUCAUCACAGUCAGUAUCGGAUUGGCAUCUAUACCGCUCAUAGUGGGGCCCAUAGACAGGGGCGUGUCUAUGCUCAUGGACGCCACCUACCGGAAAUGGGUCAAAGGGUAGUCUAUGGUAUAACAUUGAAUUUCCGUGUUCAUUUAUAUUUUAUUACAGUUAUUAAUCAGAUUAAUUACGUUUUGAAAUUAUUAUUGAGUUCCAAAUUAAAAACUAGUUUUAGAAUUGGACAAAACAAUUUUGACCGCAAAUUUGACACUGCCCAUGGGUGCAACCGAGAGGAAGGCAGGAGAUGGGAACAAGGAGCAUCUGAAUUAUAUUACAAUAUAUUACGCAAUGAAUAAAAUAAAAUGCGUCUGCGACAGAGAAGGCUAUCUAACCUCUAUUAUUACAAUAUAAUACGCAUAACUUAAAAAAUAACUCGCCCCAGUUUAGAAAUUGUCUUUCUCACGAAGAUGAACUGUCAUUCCCACCUCUAUUCCUUCCUCCACAUCACAACCAGGGUACGCUCUAUGUUACUGCCAAAAUAUGAAGGAUUCAAUAAUGUUUUCAAAAUGUGUUAGCCAGUUAAAAUAAAAAUAGGAAAUACAAUUACUGUGAUUUAAAAACAUCUGGCCUAUAUAUGUAUUUAUUAACAAUUUGUUUAGUUUGUCAAAAUGCAGUAUUAAAUGGUAAAGCCGGUAAUAGUGAGUUAGUGAUAGUACUUCAACAUAGAAAAAAUAUUAUAUACGAGUAUUUUUAGGUAGAAAUGUAUAAAACCUACUUAAUCUAUGCUUCUCUAGUACUUUUGUUGAUCUCUAAUUACCUACUAGAAAGUAUUAGUUGACUAGCUUUUGCCCGCGGCUUCGUUCGCGUUAAUUUAUCCCCUUUGGGGUGGAAUUUAUCAAAAUCCUUUCUUAGGGGGAUGCCUACGUCAUAGUAGAUUUAUGCAUGUAAAGUCUCAGCCCGAUCGGUUUAAAUUUGACAAAGUUUCAUACAAACUUUCAUCCCCUAUUUUAUCCCCUUGGGGGAAGAAUUAAUCAAAAUCCUUUCUUAGCGGAUGCCUACGUCAUAACAUC